AUGUGGCCCAACUCUUUACCAUACUUUACUUUUUGCCUUUGUACAACAUUUGCAUUGACUAUCGCUAAUAAAGAUGAUACUAUUUACCCAUAUGUUGGAUAUGGCGCUGGUCCCACUGAAGAUAUAGUUGCCUUCCGAGAGGCCAAUACUUCCCCAAACGCAACAGGAAUAGUGGACCUUGAAGUAUACAACUUGAGAGCCAAUCUUGAUUCCGUUCAGAAUGUUCUUUGGCAAGCAACUCUGAAUGUGACCGAAGUCACAAAUCUCAACUACACAGACGCUGCAACAGACGUCAUCACCAACUCUGUAAUCGGAAUCAACGCUCUUGAAAACUGGGUCGAAAACUCAACAUGGACUACAACCAUCUUCAUCCUCGAAAUCUCCAGUAGAAAUGUAAUUGUUUCUGGCCAAAGAGAUACAGGAAAUUGCUACGCAACGCUAGGCGAGACAUGUGUACAAGAAUACUUAAACAACGCCGACCUGACAAAUAUAUCCGCGCAGUAUCCAACAUCACCAUCAAUCCCCACGAAUUGCGAUGAUAAAAUUGCAGGGAGUUACGGGGGUGGAUUCAAUGGAAGUGACGCCGAUGGAAGCGGAUACUUCUUCAGUGCAUCCUGGGUCCAUAAUGCGAGUAACACAACUUUCUACGAAAACGCUGUUACUAAAAUUUGGCCGCUUCUGGUUAUACAGCGCAAUGAAGCACAUGGGAUUCAAACGGCGAGUCUGAGCUGUCUGAAAGCAAAUGCAACGAUGGUGGGAAGUAAGGCUAUUGGUGGGGUACCUAGUGUGGCGACGGGGUUUCAGAUAUAUGGAUGGGUCGUGAUGGCUGUUGCUUCUGCAGUGGGACUGAUGUUUUUGUAA